AUGAGCACCAGACAGUUCUCGUCCUACUGGAGCCGCAGUAGCGUUGGCGGCGGCGGGGGCAGCAAGAGUGGCGGCGGGGGCAGCAUAAGAUCUUCCUCCAGCCGCUUCAGCUCCUCAGGGGGCGGCGGAGGAGGGGGCCGCUUCAGCUCCUCCAGUGGCUGUGGUGGGGGGAGCUCUCGUGGCUUUGGGAGGGGAGGUGGCAGCAGUUUUGGCUCCAGCUAUGGUGGAGGAUCUGGUGGUGGUUUUAGUGCUGGUAGUUAUGGUGGGGGCUUCGGGGGUGGUUCCAGAGGUUUUGGUGGCGGUUCUGGAGGUGUUUGUGGUGGGUCUGGGGGCUUUGGAGGUGGCUAUGGUGGUGGGUCUGGGGGCUUUGGAGGUGGCUAUGGUGGUGGCUUUGGUGGUGGGUCUGGGGGCUUUGGAGGUGGCUAUGGUGGCGGCGAUGGUGGCAUUCUUACUGCCAAUGAGAAAACCGUCAUGCAGGAUCUCAAUACCCGCCUGGCUUCCUACUUGGAUAAGGUGCAGUCUCUAGAGGAGGCUAACCGUGACCUGGAGAGUAAGAUCCAAGAUUGGUAUGACAGCAAGGGACCCAGUUUGUCCCAAAAGGACUACUCUUCUUACUAUGACACUAUUGAUGAUCUCAAGAACCAGAUUGUGGACCUGACAGUGGGCAACAACAAAACUCUCCUGGACAUUGACAACACUCGCAUGACACUGGAUGACUUCAGGAUAAAGUUUGAGAUGGAGCAAAGCCUGCGGCAAGGUGUGGAGGCCGACAUCAACGGCCUGCGGCAGGUGCUGGACAAUCUGACCAUGGAGAAGUCUGACCUGGAGAUGCAGUAUGAGACCCUGCAGGAGGAGCUGAUGGCCCUCAAGAAGAAUCAUCAGGAGGAGAUGAGCCAGCUGACUGGGCAAAAUGAUGGAGAUGUGAAUGUGGAGAUCAAUGUUGCUCCUAGCAAAGAUCUCACCAAGGCCCUCAACGACAUGCGCCAGGAUUAUGAGCAGCUCAUUGCUAAGAACCGAAAGGAAAUCGAGCAACAAUACGAGAGUCAGAUAACCCAGAUCGAGCAGGAAGUGACGUCUAGUGGCCAGGAGAUGGAGUCCAACACCAAGGAGGUGACCCAGCUUCGGCAUAGUGUCCAGGAGUUGGAGAUUGAGCUGCAGUCUCUGCUCAGCAAGAAAGCAGCCCUGGAGAAUUCCUUGGAAGAAACGAAGAACCGCUACUGUGGCCAGCUGCAGCAGAUCCAGGCGCAGAUCAGUGACCUGGAGGCCCAGAUCACUGAGACUCGGCAAGAGAUUGAGAGCCAGAAUCAGGAAUAUAGCCUUCUGCUCAGCAUCAAGAUGCGGCUGGAGCAGGAAAUUCAGACCUACCGCAGCCUCCUUGAGGGUGGCCAGGAAGACUUUGAAUCUUCUGGAGCUCAACAAAUUGGCUUGGGAGGUAGCCAAGGAGGUCGAGGAGGAAGUGGAUCUCGAGGCGGAAGUGGAGGCAGUUAUGGAAGAGGAUCCAGGGGAGGAAGUGGAGGCGGCCAUGGUGGAGGAAGUGGAUCCAGGGGAGGAAGUGGAGGCAGUUAUGGCGGAGGAAGUAGUUCUGGAGGAGGAGGUGGAGGCAGCUAUGGUGGAGGAAGUGGAGGCGGCUAUGGUGGAGGAAGUGGAAGUGGUUCUGGGGGAGGAAGUGGAGGCAGCUAUGGUGGAGGAAGUGGUUCUGGAGGAGGAAGUGGAGGCAGCCAUGGUGGAGGAAGUGGUUCUGGAGGAGGAAGUGGAGGCAGCCAUGGUGGAGGAAGUGGUUCUGGAGGAGGAAGUGGAGGCAGCUAUGGUGGAGGAAGUGGUUCUGGAGGUGAAGGCGGAGGCAGCUACGGCGGAGGAAGCGCAUCCAAAGGAGGAAGUGGUGGAAGAUCAUCCCAGUCCCAGUCCUCCUCCUCAAAAUCUGGUGACUAUGAUGAAUCAAAAGGCUACCACGUGCGAUACUAG